CACAUUCUUGAAAACAACUCUAUUCACCACCCCUCUAGAGUUGCACAUUUGUCUAACAAUUGGUAUCGGAGCAGGAAGUUCUUCUAAUACGCUAUUUUUUAGGAACUAAAAGAUCAAAUGGCAUCAAGAAUGUUCAACGCGGGAGUGACCGAGGGACAAUCAACCACGAGGCCACCGUUGUUCGAUGGAACAAACUACUCGUAUUGGAAGGAGAGGAUGAGAAUCUUUAUCCAAUCAAACGACUACAAGCUGUGGUUGAUUGUGAAGAACGGCUGUGGAGUCCCUAUGAAGAAAUUCGGUGAAGUCAACGUCCCCAAAACCGAAGAGGAGUUCACCGACGAAGAUUGCAAAAAGAUGGAGCUCAACGCAAAGGCAAUAAACAUGAUUUAUUGCGGUGUUAAUGCGGAUGACUACCGCAAAAUCUCGCAGUGUGAAACCACAAAACAAAUGUGGGAGAAAUUGGAGGUCACCUACGAAGGAACCGCGCAGGUUCGGGAGGCCAAAAUCGACCAUCUCACUCACGAGUAUGAACUCUUUUCAAUGAAGGAAAAUGAGAAGAUUGAGGAAAUGUUUGAGAGGUUCUCUAACAUCAUCAAUCCUCUCAAUCUUCUCGGGAAGACAUACACCGACCGAGAGCUCGUGAGAAAGGUGCUGCGAAGCCUAUCCCCCAAAUUUCGUUCAAAGGUGGACGCAAUCGAAGAAGGUCGUGACUUCCAAACAACGACCUAUGAUGCUCUUCAAGGUAAUCUUAUUACCUACGAAACCACCCAAUUCUCAAAGGUGGUUGAAGAGAGGAACAAGAGUUCCAUUGCUCUACCCGCAACAACAUCAACCCACAACAACAUUAAUGAUGAAGAUGAUGACAGCGACGACACCGACCUCUGACUCUUUAAGAUUUGGUAAGAAUGUUCAAAAAGGCUUCCAAAGAAAACAAUGAAAUAAAGGUAACCGU